AUGUCCCCUCUUGUCGUCCUUAUCACUGGUUGCUCCGCUGGUGGUAUUGGUUUUGGCCUUGCGGAGGAAUUCGCUUCGAGAGGAUGCAUCGUAUACGCGAGCGCGCGUUCUGUCGAGAAGAUGACUGGCCUUCCCGAGUCUGUACACAAGAUACGCAUGGAUGUCAAUGACGGAGUCUCGGUGGCCGAAGCUGUGAAAACGGUGAUUGACGAACAGAACCGGAUCGAUAUCUUGGUGAACAACGCCGGAACAAGUCGUGUUGGGCCUCUACUGGAGAUCCCGCUCGAGCAUGUUGAACAAGUCUUCCAGACCAACGUCUACUCGAUCCUACGCGUCACGCAGGCCGUAGGGCCCCAUAUGAUUGCUCGUCGCAGUGGCCUCGUAAUCAACGUUGGUAGCGUUGCUGGUAUUCUGCCGACGCCAUGGUCUGGCACCUACACCGCAUCGAAGCACGCUGUUCACGCAAUCACGAAUGUCCUCCAAAUGGAACUCAAGCCGUUCAACGUCAAAGUCAUGCUGCUCGCUCCGGGCGGCGUGGUGACUAACAUUGCGGCAACCUCGACUGAGCGAUUCUCCUUACGGGAAGACUCGCCGUACAAGGAUUUCACAGACGCCAUCAUCGCUCGCGCAAUGGCUAGUCAUAAAUUGCGCGGAGUUCUGACGGUGAAGGAGUUUUCGAGGAAGAUCGUGCGCGCUGCGUUGAGGCGGAAUCCGCCCUUCAUGAUAAGCAUCGCCCCUCCAGCGGGACUCUUCAAGAUUCUAUCGUGGUUCCCGAAUUUCGUCGUCCGUGCACUCCUUAGCUGGGGGAUGGUGUAUAGAAAUAAGAGCAAGACCGCAUAA